AUGCGAACUUCGGCCAUCCCCAUUGCCAUCCUCGGAGCAGCCGCGGCGGCAAAUGCCUCAACAGCCGUCGGAUGCUCCGGCGGCCUACAAAUUCUUCUUGCCCGCGGCACAGGAGAGAAACUCAACAGCAGCAUAGCCAACCGAGUCGCAGAGGGCAUCAUAGACCGCAUCCCAAAUUCCAACUUCACCUCCUUGGACUACCCGGCUACCUUCACGAACCCCCCUUACAAAUCCUCUGUUGAUGAUGGAGUCAAUAUUCUGAAGAAUGCACUCGACAACUAUCAUUCCACCUGCCCAGAUGGCAAGAUUGCGGUCAUUGGAUAUUCACAGGCAAGAAACCGACAGCUGAACUGUAUGACAGGGACUAUGGGGGCAGGUGCUCAAGUGUCCACUUACGCAUUUUGCGGGGGAAAUGGGACAAAUAGUGCCAGCACCGAGCUGACCAAGAAUGUGGUUGCGAUCCUCGAAUUCGGCAACCCAACCCAUGUCGCCAAUGCGACCUACAAUCGGGGAAACAGCACAAGAGACGGCAUAUUUGCCCUGGACGGAGACUCGGUGAAGAGAUGCGAAAGCCUCGGUGACAGUCUGAGAUCUUACUGCGAUACAGGCGAUACCUACUGUGACCUUGGCAAUGUUACAGGCGUCCACACCAGCUACUUCAAAAGAUACACCGACGAAACGGUCGACUUUGUCGUCAGCCGCUACCAAAACGCAGGCGACCAAAGUUCUGCCACGACAUCGCCUACAGGCUCGACCACGACUGGUGUGGGUGGCUCAGCCUCGGCAACAGGCGAUGCUGGCAAUAGUGCGCCCUGGCUAGGGCCGGGGAAUGGCUUGCUUUACACAGCCCCUUUAGCUGUAUGGGCCAUUGUUCAGCUGCUCUAA